UCUCCUUCCUCUCUCCUCCUCUCUAAACAAAGCAGAAUGUUCUCUAUCCUCUAAUGAAAUGAAGAAUCGCUAGCAGUGGGCGGGGCUGGCUGGAACCCUCGGGUAUUAUUGGCUAAAGAAACCCUUUAAACCCAGCAAUGCGAGUCUGAUUGGCUGACGCGGGGGGUGUGAAACUGUGCCGCAGAGUCCGCCAUGUGGGCUCCGGCCUCGCUGUGUUUCCAGGGCGGAGUGUCCCGUUCCGGAUCCGAAAUGGCGCCGGUUUCCUCUCCCUGAUUCUCGCUUCACGGUCUCAAGGAGCUUUGCAUUCCCGAAGCGGCUGCCGGAGCUGCGAGCGUGUGAUCGCCAUUGUGCUGCGCUUCAUUUAUUAACGCAUUGGACUUUUUUGUUUGUUUGCAUCUGAAUGUUUUUGUUUUAGUUAAAAAGCGACGUCUUGAGAUCGACCGAAGAUAGCUGCAACUUUACAAGAGAGAGAGUGAGAACGGAUCAGCCUCGCUCACAGGGAGUUUCUGAGAUGGAAGCAGCUCACAUCAGCCCAGAGCUUCCUAUUCGAUGGGUUGUUUCUGCAGACAGGACUGUUGAGAUCAAGGAGGAAGUGACUGAGCUGGGGUGCGACCAGGCCAAUGAGCGGAUCCUGCAGGAGGAAACGCCACCUUCUAGCAUCGCUGAGAGAGGUACUGGUGUGAAAUCGGUCCGUCUUGGUAGAAGACGAGCGUCAGAAAUGGCAUCUUCUCACAUUACAGAGGAGAGCCCAGAACUGGAACCUGUUCCCAUUAACAAAGAAGCCACAGCGCUGGAGCCUGUCCCCAUUAAAGAGGACAGUCCUGUACUAGAAUUGGCCCAUAUUAACCCCUUGCAGUCCUGUGUCGGACCUGGUCCGACAUCGCAAAAAUCGCUUUCCGGUCCGUUGUCUGACUCUACCCAGCACUGCGGAAAACCAUCCUGUGACCCGGCCUGCGAUGCGUUUAAACCGAAAAAAGCCAAGGGGAGUAGUUCCCUGAGCGUCUCUGAUGGGAAAGAAGGUGUAAACAACCAAUUAGACCACCUGCAAGCUGAGCAGAGCCGAACUGAACAGACAGAGACUGAGCUGCGCAGAGAAGAAACGGCACAGAGCAGGCAGAAAAAGGCAAGGCAGCUUGAAGGACUUCCACAGGCGAUGGACAAGGCAGAAAGCACAGAUGAAAGCAGUUUGGAGGAUGAUGAUGAUGAUGAUGAUGAUGAUUUUAAUCAACCUAGUUCCGAGGCAGUCCAUUUUUUACUUGCUGAGGACUCCGAGGAAUCAGAGGAAAGCGACCACGAACCAGACGCGCAGCUGGAGGGCGAAUGGAAACGCGCAUCGGUCAGUGCAGACGCUUUCACAAAAUUCCCGUUUACUGUGAUAAAUAAGGGAUAUCAAGGCAGGACUGGUUUGAAAACUGAACUGGAGUUUUUCCAACUUUUCUUCACUGACGCUUUGUUGACCGAAAUCGUAAACGAAACCAACAGGCACGCGCGUGCAAAACUCGGAGGGCCGCUGCGUCUCAAUUCGAUUUGGAACUCCUGGAAGCCCGUUACCUUACCAGAGAUGAAGGCGUUUGUUGGCGUCCUGCUCAACAUGGGGCUGAAUGUCAAAACGGACAUAAAAGAGUAUUUCUCGGAGGAGUGGGCCGACAGAAUGCCGUUUUUCAAAGACGUCUUCAAGAGAUCGCGUUUCUUGCAGAUCUUCUGGAUGCUGCACCUCUGCCCUCCCCCCCCCAGCCAGGUGCCUCAGGCUGCUUUUGUUAGCAGAGGUCAAAAGGUCAGGAAUGUGGUCAGCUACAUAGACGCAAAAUGCCGCGAGCUGUUUAUCCCAGGCAGAGACAUCUGCAUUGACGAGAGCACCGUUGGCUUCAACGGAAGGGUUGUCUUCAAGUGCUACAGCCCUCAGAUGCCUACCAAGUCAGGGCUGCGUGUGUUUGUUUUAGCUGACUGCGAAACGGGUUAUGUCUGUGCUAUUGUUCCUUACUUUGGCAGCCCGACGAGAGACUCCCUGCCGAGACCUGACAUGCCGUUUGCAUCAAGGGUUGUCCUUCGCCUGUGCGAAAUGUUGCUGCAGACAGCAAACGGACACGGCUUCCAUUUGUUUACAGACAGGUUUUACACAAGUUAUGACCUGGCCGUGGAGCUGCUAAAAAUAAAAAUCCACCUUACUGGAACCGUAAAGGCCAACAGAAGGGGGUUGCCAGCAGCGGUGAAGCAAGGGCUCACACUGGAAAAGAACGAGCUGGUCUCGUUCAGCAAAGACAGCAAGGUCAUGGUGCUAGGGUGGAAGGGCAAAAGGCUAGUGCUCAUGCUGAGCACCUUCCACGGCAGCGACUGUGAGAAGGUGCCACACCCCAUCAAGAGAGGAGCCAUUGAAGAGCUGGACAAGCCUUCGGUCAUCCGCGAUUACACCAGCAAGACGGGUGCCGUGGACCGGGCGGAUCACUGCUGCGCCAGCUAUGCUUUCACAAGAAAGUCUCUGCAGUGGUGGAGGAAGAUGUUCUUUUGGCUGCUGGAAGUCGCGAUUGCGAACAGCGCCGUCCUGUUCAAUUUGACGAAGGUGGCAUCGGGGCAGCUGCCUGUUCGCCGUAAAGCCUUCAGGAAAGCCUUGCUGGUGCAACUGGUGGGAGGCGUGCGAGACUCAAGAAGGCGCGGUCGUCCGUCCUCCACAGACAGAGAGGAAAGGCUGAGCGGGAAGCCGCAUUUCAUCGCCAAAAACGAGUCCAAGAGCACCAAAGACUGCGCAGUGUGCAGCGACAGAAAGAGAAAAGGGGGCAGGAGGGAGACGGUGUGGUUCUGCAAAACCUGCUCAAGGCAUCCAGGGUUACACCCAGGCGACUGUUUUGAAAGGUACCACACUGUGGAAGCAUACAGGUCAUUUCUGUCGGUGUAAACGGCUUUUUUUUUUUUGUUUGCAAACCAAAAAUGAUCCGAUCCCAGGAGCCAGCGUUACACUUCAUCCAUCAACACCAGACAGAAGGAUAUCAUCAGAUGGAAGGAAACGCGAGCGGAUGGAGACGCAGAUGGAUGGCAUUAGUUUACUGCAAAGCGUUAUUUGCUGCUCAUCUUAGCGAGAGCCGAGUUCAAAUCAGCAUGAAGUCUACUCUCACGCAAUGGAAAUCAUAAAUAGUUAUAAUAACAUUGAAGAAAUAUAGUUUUUAGUUCUUUUUUUUUUUUUUUUUUUUUUGUUAUUGAUUUUGUAAAGUGGUAUUGGUAUUGUUGUCUUUGUAUAGGGUACUGUGGCAGUGUGCCCCGUCCCCCGUCCCCCUUGUGUAUUUUGUGUUCUGUGUUGCGUGGGGUGUGUUACUGUUG